AGAGGGCCCCCGGUGAAGAUGGACAGCCAGGAAAGACUAACCCUCCCCACCGGACAGUCCCUGCAGCAUAGAUGGCCCAGACCAGCUCACCCUUCCUUCCCAGCAAGGGGAGAAAUCAAUGAAACUGUCAUUUGCACUAAGGACUUAAUAGAGGUGGAGAUUCCAAGCAGAUUUUUCAUGACAAAGAUUCCUCCAAUUUAUAUUUUUGAUCUGCACCUGAAUGACCCAGAAUGUCGUGGAAGAGAAGCUGAUGACGUCUAUAUAUUCAGCAUUCAGACAAACUUUACAGACUGCGGAACUAUAGUGGCCUCAGACGACUCCCACAUUGUAUUUAUCAACACUAUACACAGUAAUUCCUCUGAUGUGGUUACCAGAUCUUACAUCAAUAUCACGUUUGCCUGUCGCUACCCAAUCAAUUACAUGGUGCAGCAGCCACAUGGGGAGAGCAGGAUCAGUGUUGAUAUUAGAACCAUAAUUUUGAGUACAGAAGAUGGAAACUUUUCUGUCUCCAUGAUGCUGUACAAGGAUGAAGACUUCCAGGACAUGUGGACCACAGUCCCGUUUCUCAAACUUGAUGACAACAUAUUUGUCAGAGUUUUUAUGAUUCCAGGUCAUUUAAUAAUAAGAUUGGAGAAAUGUUGGGCCACUCCAACAAAUGACCCUACUCAUCCUGUGCAGUACACAUUUAUCCAGGACAGCUGUUCUCAUGUAUUUCUGGACGAGACCUUAUCAAUAAUCAUUAAUGGAAUGAGCGCAGAAGCCAUGUUCAGGAUUCAGAUGUUCAAGUUUGUGGGUUUGGCGUACAACAACGUCUUCCUGCACUGCAGUGUACAGAUUUGUCACAACACAGAAUCUAUCUGCAAGCCAAACUGUACCAACCACAGAAGAGCAGCCAGAGAGAGAAGAGAACUUCCGGCUUCUCAUACUGUGACCUAUGGGCCGAUCAAACUGAAGAUGUCAGACGACGUAGCGGCUGAUUCAGCUCGGGAGAAGCUCAUUCCAGUAGAGACAAUGAUCCUAGUCUGUGUUUUGACAGUGGUGUUAGUCAUCAUUGGAGUAUUCAGCAAGCUCAUAUUUAAUUCUCGAAGAUCGUAUCCUGCCAUGCAAGCCCAGUUAACUCUUGCCAAUAUCCACCAUUCAGAGGUGGCAUCAUGAUGCCAACAUAAGUUUAUACGACCAUGAAUAGAGUAGUCAGUGACAAAGACAAGCGUAAAGUGGAUGAAUAAUGCCUAUACUAUUGAAUAAUAUAUAUUUUUAUAUUUUUAAAAGAGCAAUACAUAUUUCUUAUAUAAUGUGAUUGUUUACUUACAUUUCAGAAUAUUUUGUGAACCUCAAGUUAUAGAAAAUUAAA